AUGUCAUUAUCAGAACUCACCGAGCAGCAACGAGCGACUAUCGGCGACCGCGCGCGAGUAUGGGAAGUCCGACGCUUCUGCCAGGUGCUGCCAUCUGUCGUUAAAUACGUGCGUGGUUCGGACGCUGGCCUCACGAGCAGGCCAUUGGAGCCACACGGCAGAUACGUCAAGAAUGAACCAGACGGCGCGCUUGCUGCGUUGCUCCGUUGCGUCAUCCAUCAAACGGGCGCUGAUCUGGCCAUGGUCAGCUUGCUAGACGACCACACGCAAUACUUCAUCUCGGGGGCCAGUCGGGCCAACGCAGAUGAAGCCAAGGUCACCUUGGAAGACUCAACGCGAUGGUACGGAUGCGAGUCGGUAACUCAUCACGGUGGUCUGUGCGAGCGUACCAUCACGCGGCAGAAUGAGCCAGGCGGGAGCAUGGCACUCUACGAAGAGCUUGAUAUGGCUGAAUUGGAGAGAACCAAACAUCUCCCAUUUGUUCAGGGUGAUAUUGCCAAGUUCAGACAUUAUGCUGGUGUUCCUUUGAACCCCUAUGGAGGACCAAACAUUGGCACUGUCUUCACGUUCAGCUCAACGCCGUCGCAGGGUGGGCUCUCGGACGCCCACCGCUCGUACUUGUUUGAGACAGCGUCACACAUUAUUCGUCAUCUGGAACAAGCAGUAGAAGCACUGGAGGGUAAGCGUGUGCUCAAGUUCAACCAAGGUGUGGCUUCUCUACUCAAGAUGGGUACGAGCGCAGGACUGGCGGCUCAGCCUGCUCACAAGAAUCUUUUAUCAGGCGGCCAUACUGAACAUGAAGUUCUGGUGUCAAACCUCUAUCCCGCUGCAGCUCUGCAGCUGUACCAUCUUUCAGCUACAUUGCUCUACGAUACUUUCGAAUUUGACGGAGUUCGCAUCCAAGAGUUGGGCUCCUCAAGCAACAAGAACCCCAUCUGGAACGGCUCCAACGUGCUAGCCGAGCAUCUCGGACCAAAAGCGCACAGGCCUCAAGAACUAAGCCACAGUCUGACAAGCAGAUUGCUUGAAUUAUUUCCACAUGGGGCUGUGUUCCAAUUACUCAAUGACACUAGCGACAUCGUUGUUGCUACGAGCGCAGACGACGUCGCUUUAGUUGAAGAUACCCUCAUACUCAAGGAGCUUUCGAAAACCUUCCUGCGGGCAGAGCAGAUCGUCUUGAUGCCACUGUGGGAUGCGUUUCACGAACGUAAUAUCGGUGCGGUCCUCGGGUUCGCCGAGAAUCAGUCAAGAGUCUAUCUCGGCUCGACGGAUCUUGCUUCCAUUUCAGCAUUCUGCACUACGAUAAUGACGCAAGUGCGGCGUCUCGAAGCUCAAGCUAUAGACAAGAUUAAAUCAGACUUUCUUGGAUCGAUCUCCCAUGAAAUGCGGACACCUCUCCAUGGUAUACUAUCAAGCCUUGAGCUUUUAGCGGACACACCACACAACGCACACCAACGCGACCUCCUGGAGACGGCAAGAUACAGCGGCUUGUCAUUGCUCGAUACUAUUGAGCGCGUUCUAUAUUUCAGCAACAUCAGUUCAGGGUCGCAAAGUGCACCUCUACCAAGAUCAGACUCAUCGAACGAUGGGCUUCUCCGUUCGUCAAGUCUUGCACCUCAUCAUUCGGCAGCUUCCUCGCAAGACGAGGAUACCGUAAAGCUGAUGGAUACUUGCGAGGACAUCAUUCACAGUGAAGUACACAGGUAUCGCGUCAAAAAGGCUGUCCAGCCUGAUUCUUCGAUGCAUGACGGCGGUAAAGGCAUCUCUUCCGGCUUCAUCCGCCAUUCAAUCUUUGACCCAUUUUCUCAGGAGGACCCCAUUGCAGAAGGUACUGGCCUUGGACUUUCCAUUGUCAAGCAAACAAUCACUAUGCUGAGUGGUGAUGUACAGAUUGAGUCAAACAAGAAAGAAGGCUCUACAUUCACUGUCACACUCCCAUCGAGUCAGGCACUUUAUGAGGCUCCAGAAGAGGCAUCAGAGAGCUCAAAUUCGCAGGCUGGUACUGCUGAGCUACACCAGCUUGACAUGAGUCUCUUUACACCGACGCGCUGGAGAUCAGGAGACUCUUUACGAGACCAGCGCUGUACUGAUUUAUUGUUGGGCUCACUUGCGAAGAGUCUAAGCCGGUGGUUCCACAUUCGGGUCAUUCCUUGGGAAAGUGCAAGCAGAGCCUCGCCGUGGCGCUUGCUUGUUGUUUUGGAGGAGGACGAAGACAGUGCACUGCGGGCUUGCGGUGGCGCAUCUGACGACUACGAGCGCAUUCGUCUCUGCCCUGAUGUACAGACCGCUCCCAGUCAGUACUCAACGCCUUUGAAGGGUGUCGCGACAAUUGCGGGUGCGGUGACUAGUUCAAAACUCCAGGAUGCGCUGGCGCACUUGUAUCCUAGCCAAGUCCCCCCCUCUGAGCUUCGCCACAACUCCGACCAGGAUUCAGUCGCGAAAAGUUAUGAUCAGCAACAGCCAGUAGAAGGGAGCCGCAGCCAAUUACGCGGAGACGCAACCGACGAAUGUCGUGCUGCGCCAACAGCAUUGCUAUCCCGGUUAGAACUCGAGAGGAGCCCCCAAUUAGACGGCGAGGAAAGCGGUGGGCAGCCACUGGCAAUGCCAGCCGCCAGCCCAGUGGUCACUCCAGAGAUGAACAUGGCAGAAAGGUCUCAUGGAGCCCAACCCGACCACCGAGAGGUACAAGCGCAUACUGAGCAAGCAAAAGACCCGGCAGUCUGUACAUCACCAGAGGCAGUUGUGGCAGAGCCUAGGCUGCUGCUGGUAGACGAUAAUGCUGUAAAUCUCAAGGUACUUGCCAUGUAUGCAAAAAAGUGUAGCAAGGCAGGUGCAACACCUGUCGGCGGUGGCCAAGAGGCCAUCGAUGCCUUCAGGAACGCCAACGGGUCCAGCGACGACACGGGUCCGCAACCUUUCGAUCUCAUUUUCCUCGACCUCUCUAUGCCCGAGGUCUCGGGCUUCGAGGUUGCGAGGGAGAUACGGAAGACGGAAGCGCGGUCAGGGUGUAAGAGGACGUACAUAUGCGCACUCACCGGGCUGGUGAGCGAGAAAGACCGCAAUGCUGCGUAUGCUUCGGGUGUAGAUAACUACCUUGUUCGACCAACGAGGCUGCAGGACUUGCAGGGCGUCAUUGAGAUGUGGCGGGAUAAAUCAAGCGAGAAAUGA